AUGGCUUCCCCUGCCGGCAUUUCUGGGCACGAUGGUGCCCGUGCCCAGCUGCUGUCCCACCUGAGGCGCUUGGAUCCCUGGCAGCUGGAGGACUUCAAACUCGGCCUGCAGUGCCCGGAGCUGCUGCCGGCGGGCGCCCGCAGGAUCCCCUGGGCAGACCUGAGAGCCGCGGGCCCCGCCGACCUGCUCUGCCUGCUGGAGGAGCGCUACCCCGGGAGGCGGACGUGGGAGGCGGCCCUCCGCGUCUUUGAGGACCUGCGGCUGAGCUCGCUGUGCGAGCGGCUGCGAGCAGAGCUGCACGGUGAGCGGGCGGCGGGCGCGCUGCCGGGCGUUUGUGGGGUCCUCCCUGACUGCGGGUCCCCCCUGAGCGGCAGCCUCCCUGACGGGCUGUGGGAGUCCGGCGCCCGGGCCCGGGAGCGGGUGUUGGAGUAUAUAGGGGUGCGCUUUCAACAUGAGCUGCGGCUUUGCAAAGGAGCAUGUCUCCAGUGUGGUCAGGUUGAUAAGCUGGAAGAAAUGUCACAGGUGUGCAGACUCCAAGACCCAAACCAGGAAGAGCCAGCGGCGCUGGAAGAGACAGCCCACAGAAGAAGAUACAGGGAGAGGCUGAGGACCCGGAUCCUGGCCCUGUGGGACCGCACGCCCUGGCCCGAGGACCACAUCUACCUGCGGGACGUGACGCAGCGGGAGCACGAGGAGCUGCGGGGCCUCCUGCACCCGCGGGGGCCCGGGGCGCCGCCCCUCACCGUGCUGCUCGAGGGCGCGGCUGGCGUGGGCAAGACCACCCUGGCCACCAAGCUGGUGCUGCACUGGGCGGAGGGCGUCCUCUUCCGGGGCCGCUUCUCCUACGUUUUCUACAUCAGCGGCCACCGGCUGGCCGAGCUCGGCGACACCAGUUUCGCCGGCCUGCUGGCCCUGGACUGGCCGGACUCGCAGGUCCCCGUGGAAGAGCUCAGGGCGCACCCGGAGCGGCUGCUGUUCGUCAUCGACGGCGCGGAAGAGGUGCUCCUGGGCUCCGACGGCUCCGCCAGCCAGCCCAGCGACGACUGGUACCAGGAGCUCCCGGCGGCCAGCAUCCUGGUCCGCCUGCUGAAGAAGGAGCUGGUCCCCGAGGCGACCUUGCUCGUCACCGCCGGGCCCCCUGGGGGCCGCGCCCUCCGGAGGCUGCUGCUCAGCCCGUGCCGUGUGGGCAUCCCGGGCUUCACCGAAGGGGACCGCCGGGAGUAUCUCCGGAGGUUCCUGGGGGACCCGGACGUGGCCGACGAGGCCUGGCGCCGGAUGCGCGGGUCGGAGACCCUGGUCCGCUCGUGCGCCGCGCCGCUGGCGUGCUGGGCCGUGUGCGCCGGCCUCAAGCGGCAGCUGGCCGCCGGCCCGGCCUCGGCACCGGCGCCGGGCGCGCCCACCCCCACCAGCCUCUACGCCCGCCUCUUCUGCAGCCUCCUCGCGGAGGCGGAGCCGGGUCUGCGGGCCGGCAGCUCGGCCGGACAGUGGAGGGCCGUCUGCUCGCUGGCCGCCGAGGGGCUGUGGCUGGCCGCCUUCACCUUUGCGGGAGACGCCCUGGAGCGCCGGCGCCUGGAGGCCCCUUUCAUCGACGGUCUGCUGAGGCUGCAGAUUCUCCGAAGGGUCAGCGAUUGUGAGCACUGCGUGACGUUUGCUCACCGGAGCUUCCAGGAGUUCUUCGGGGCCUUGUUCUACGUGCUCCGGGGGUCCCAAGGCUCGCUGGGCGGGGUCCCCCGGCAUCAGGAGAUGAGGCUGUGGCUGAACCACGCCUUCGCCGACGCCAACCCCUACUGGCGUCAGACGGUGCGCUUUUUCUUCGGCCUCUUAGGAGCAGACCUGGCCGGGCAACUGGAAGAGGCCUUGGGUUGCCAGAUGUCCCCCGGGGCGGCGGACGAGCUGUUGGACUGGGCGGAGGAGCUGGAGAGGUGCGGCGCCGUCUCCGCGCACUUUGACUUCCUCUGGCUCUUCCAGUGCCUGCAUGAGACCCAGGACGAAAACUUGGCCCGGCGGGUUUUGAAUCACCUCCCGGAGGCCGAUCUGGACAUUCAGGGCUGCGAACACCUCCGGGUUUCUUCCUUUUGCCUCAAGCACUGUCAGAAGUUACGAAAGCUGAGGCUCUCGGUCAGCCGCGACCUGGAAAAGAAGAGGACUUCCGGCCUGGGAACUCCGGAGAUGAGGGCUGCCGAUUUCCAGAUGCAUCAGUGGGAGGAUAUUUGCUCGGUGUUUUGCAGCGGGAACCUGAGCGAGCUGGACCUGAGUAACAGCAAGCUUAGCACUGCCUCCAUGAUGAGACUCUGUCUCAACCUGGGAAACCCACGGUGCAGACUUCAGAAACUGGCCUGGAAGUCCGUGUCCCCUGUGGAGGGUCUGAAGAAACUUGGCCUUCUGCUUCACGGUAAUCAUCACCUGACCCACCUGGACCUGAGCUCCAACUGCCUGGAUGCCUCCGUGUCCCCAGGCGUGUUCAGGAUGCUGGGGCACUCGGCCUGCAGUCUCAAGUAUCUGUGGCUGGAGAAAGGGAACCUGUCAGCGGCUGCCUGUGAGGCCUUGGCCUCACUUCUCACCAGCACCCCCCGCCUGACUCGACUGUGCCUGGGACUGAACCCGCUGGGAAACGAUGGCGCGCGGCUGCUGUGCGGCUCCCUGACUUGGCCAGCGUGCGUCCUGCAGAGACUGGAGCUCUGGUGGUGCCAGCUCGGUGCACCCAGCUGUAGGCACCUGUCGGACGCCCUCCGCCGGAGCCGGAGCCUGACGCACCUGAACCUGAGGAAGAACAACCUGGGAGAUGGAGGAGUGAAGCUUCUGUGCGCAGCCCUGGGCCGUGCUUACUGCGCCCUGCAGAGCCUGAACUUGUCACACUGUUCUCUCACGGUGGCGGGCUGUUGCGAGCUUGCUUACGCCCUCAAGCGCAAUGGUCACCUGAAGAUUCUGGACGUCGGGAACAAUGCCGUUCAGGACGAGGGGGUGAGGGAGCUGUGCAGUGUCCUGAAAAGUCCGAGUUGUGUGUUGCAGACACUUGGGCUGGAGAAAUGCAGUUUGACGGCUGUUUGCUGCCGGCCGCUGUCCUGUGUUCUCGGAAGCAGUAAAAGCCUGGAGAACCUGAACCUUUUAGGAAACGACCUGGGGCCGGACGGAGUCAGCAGACUGUGGAAGCCCUUGAGAAAGUCGACGUGCAGGCUGCGGAAACUCGGGUAA